CAGCAUGCGAGCCAGUCGCCCUCCAGCCACCGCCCCAGUUACGACCUGAGCGACACUUCCGGUGUGCCUCACUCAUUCUUCUUUUCUAUCUUGGUCUCGUCUUCUUCUUCUUCUCCUUCGUCCAUCCAGUCUCUUUCUCUCUCAGUCAGUGACUUGGUCCCGGCGUGCUCGAUCUGUCAUUCGCGUUGCUCCCCCGAGAUCCGCCCGCGAAACUUGCCCUUUCGAACGAAACGAAACGAACGCAACAUGCUCAUCGGUCUCGUGCGCGAUUCGGUGCUCCAGUGCUUCUGUCACAGCUGCAAGGCCCCGCUGGGUAUCGUAGCUGGACAAAGGAGGAAUAAUGCGCCGUUUAAGAAGCCCAGCGGAAAGGGCAAACCGCGGACCAAGCAGCCGAAGAAGGUGAAGUUCAUCACGACUGAGAUUCGAUGCCAGGAGAAGACCAAGGGCGGACUGUGCUACGAAGUGAUCCUAGCGGAACCAACGGCCCCCAAGAGAGCACCAUCACCGCCUCAAACAAGCCCAAUUCAGUUGACCCCGAUCGAAAAAUUGAGGGCCGCUAAGGAACGAAGAGAGUUCCUCGAGGCGGACAAGCUCGCCUGUCUCGCUACCAAGAUCAGCAAGAUCGAGGAGAAGUCCCGCAAGAAGGAUGAGCUUAACGCGGCCUUUAUUACCGCGACUCGCGAGGCUUUGGAUGCUAAGAUGAACAACACGGAGGAGAAGCGAGAGGCCCACAUCGCCGAUCUGAAGAGCAAGCUAAAAGAGCAUCUGGAUGCUGUUGAACAGACUCGCUUGGGUCUCGAACUCCAAACCGAGGAAGUACGAUACGCCGUCGAAGAGAAGCUGAAGACUGCUACGGCUCAACGUGAGGAGAAUAUCAAGAAAAUGUUGGAUCGUCUCAAGGAACAUGAGGAGCAAGUAACUCGUGUACGUCAAGUAAUGGCGGAGCGCGUGCAACAAUUGGAGUCCCAAAUUCAGAAGAAGCUGGAGCAGGCACGAGAGCGUCGCGAAGCAAUUGAACGCGAGCAGAAGGAGAAAUUGCGCAAUCAUGAAAGGCGUGCCGAGAUUGUGAGACAGAAUAAGGCGGCAAUCCGCCAGGAUAAUAAUUCCGUGAACUCGCCGCAGCCGAAUCUACCGGUGGAGAACGAGACCGCCAGCUCCGGCUAAGUAUCCAAUAUUCUCUUCAAGGCCGCUCGAACGCCCCCGCAAGACUCCGUUUCGCUUUGUGCCAUUAUUUUCUGACUCGAAGUAAAACGGGACGUCGAUCGCGCGUAUCAAACAUGUCUGUAUUUCGAGCUGGAGGAGUAGGGGAAUAUAUCGGGCCUCUGCGAUUUUUAAAUAUUGCGUGGAUAAUACUGCCUUUAUCAAUUUUUAUUCACA